GAUUGAUUUUUAAACUUCUGAUGCACACAAUGUGUUUCAGGUGUAACUCAGUUCUCAUUAGGGGAUUGUUGUUUCACUGGCUGGUUACAGCCUGUUUGUUACUCUUUUACAUUUGAGAAAAGGACAAUGUUGAUUUUGUGGCAGAGCUUAGCCCUUGCACUCUAGUUUUUAUUGUUUUUGUGUCUUCACUCUUUUUUUGGUCUUUGGACUAAGCCCUUGUGAGAAACUACAACUUUCCAGACACUAGCAACAUUCAGGUGAACCUUUGCUCUGAAGAGGCCAGCACCAAAGAUCUUCAGCUCCAUAUGUCUCUGAGAAGGAAGCCACUAAUGGUAUGGGGGGUGCAGGUUUUCUCUGGCACACACCCAAGGUAUUGGAGGACAAUUUGGACAGGUGUAAAUAAUCUGCCAGACUGCUGGAUUCUUUCCAUUUUUAAUUUCAGGUUUCCAUCACUCUCUGUACUUUGUUAUUUUACGGAUAAGUAUUAGAUGAGGAAAGAUGGAAGGAAGGGGCUAGAGUGAAGCAUGGACUGGUUGGGCCGAGUAGCUUUUGGCCGUGCAGCCUAUUCUAUAUAUUUAAAACAAAAGGCAAGUUGGAUUGUCAACGACGCAGUGCAAACAAAUGGCAAAGCAUAUUGCACAAGCGAAUGGCGAUUGCAUAACCUUCUCAACACUCCCCGAACAAUCCUAGUGUGGGUGCGAUCCACUGGAAGCCUGAUUGACUGGAAGAAAAAUAAUUAAAUGUGGUAACUAAUUAAGUAACUCUGUAACAAGGCUUUGGGCAGGGAACAUACCGUCAGGAGCUCGAACGGUGAAGCGGUGACUCACUGAGAAGUUUUUUUUGGGGUAAACUCUGUGACCGUUGGGAGUUUGAGCGGUGACGCUCGAGACACAUGACUGGAACUUUCUCUCUCCUGCGGAAAAUGGCGGCCUGGAGUUUCCAGGAGAAAUGAGGAAAAGGUGGGAGAAAAAACACACACACAACUUCAAGGAAGUUUAAACGCAACCAUGACGCGCUGGAUUCCCAGCAAAAAAGAGAAAUAUGGAGUGGCAAUAUACAAUUAUGACUCCAGAGAGGAAGUGGAACUUCCUCUGCAGAUUGGUGAUACAGUGCAUAUAUUGGAAACAUGUGAAGGUUGGUAUAGAGGGUAUACACAUCGUCGCAAAGCCAAAAAGGGUAUUUUUCCUGCUACGUAUAUUCAGCUGAAGGAAGCAACGGUUGAAGGCAAAGGGCAACAUGAAACUGUUAUACCAAAUGAGCUUCCAUUGGUUCAGGAAGUCACUACAACUCUUCGAGAAUGGUCAAGUAUAUGGCGUCAGUUGUAUGUUAAUGACAACAAAGAGAUGUUCAGUCGAAUUAGACAUAUGAUGUAUGAUCUUAUUGAAUGGCGCUCCCAGAUACUUUCAGGAACACUCCCACAAGAUGAGCUGAAGGAACUGAAGCAGAAAGUCACUGCCAAAAUAGAUUACGGCAACAGAAUCCUUGAUCUUGAUUUAGUGGUGCGAGAUGAAGAUGGCAAUAUUUUAGAUCCUGACCAAACUAGCACCAUUAGUCUGUUUAGAGCUCACGAAAUGGCAUUGAAACGGAUAGAAGAAAGAAUCGAGGAAGAAAAGUCUCAGAAGCAUAACAUUGACAUAAACAGACAAGCAAAGUUUGCUGUCACGCCUUCUUUCAGUCUCUUUGUAACUUUGAAGAAUGUUGUCUGCAAAAUAGGAGAAGAUGCUGAAGUCUUAAUGUCUUUAUAUGAUCCUAUUAAGUCCAAGUUUAUCAGUGAAAACUAUCUAGUGCGAUGGGCAAGUUCGGGCCUUCCAAAAGACAUAGACCGGCUAAACAACUUAAAAGCUGUAUUUACAGAUCUUGGCAGCAAAGAUCUUAAGAGAGAAAAAAUUAGCUUUGUGUGCCAAAUUGUCAGAGUGGGUCGAAUGGAGCUGAAAGACAACAAUACCAAGAAAUUUACUACAGGGUUGAGAAGACCUUUUGGAGUGGCAGUUAUGGAUGUCACUGACAUUAUUACUGGGAAAGUGGAUGAUGAGGACAAACAACAUUUUAUUCCAUUCCAGCCGCUAGCAUUGGAUGACGCCAUUCGACACAAGCAGCUGAACAUAUCAUCCCGUUUUUCACCCAGGGUGGCAGGGGAGAAUGACUUCCUUCAGACUGUGAUAAAUAAAGUAAUUGCUGCCAAGGAAGUAAACCACAAGGGUCAAGGUUUGUGGGUUACAAUGAAGCUGCUGUUAGGUGAUGUUCAUCAGAUUCGAAAAGAUUUUCCACAUCUAGUUGAUAGAACUACUGCAGUUGCAAGAAAAAUGGGUUUUCCUGAAAUAAUAAUGCCUGGUGAUGUUCGUAAUGACAUAUAUGUUACACUACAGCUAGGAGAGUUUGACAAAGGCAACAAAACAACUUCCAAGAAUGUAGAGGUCACAAUGAUGGUAUAUGAUGAAGAAGGCAAGCGUUUGGAGAAUGUAAUUUUUCCUGGUGCGGGAGAUGAUGGUAUCUCUGAAUAUAAGUCUGUUAUUUACUAUCAAGUGAAGCAGCCUCGUUGGUUUGAGACGGUAAAGGUGGCAAUCCCUAUUGAAGAUGUAAAUAGAAGCCACUUGAGGUUCACAUUCCGACAUCGAUCAUCUCAAGAUUCGAAAGACAAAUCUGAGAAAAUAUUUGCAUUGGCAUUUGUGAAGCUAAUGAGGUAUGAUGGAACUACACUAAGAGAUGGUGAACAUGACCUAAUUGUAUAUAAGUCAGAUGCCAAAAAACUGGAAGAUGCAGCACCAUACUUAAAUCUGCCUGCGACUAAAGCAACACUUGAAGAGAAGGGCUACACAAUGACUGGGAAAAAUAUGCACAGUUUUGGAAACUUGGCCAUCAGCAAAGACUCAUUUCAAAUUUCCACGUUGGUCUGCUCAACAAAACUUACACAGAAUGUGGAUCUUCUGGGACUUUUGAAAUGGCGAUCAAACACAAAUUUACUACAGCAGAACUUGAGACAACUGAUGAAGGUGGAUGGAGAAGAGGUUGUUAAGUUUUUGCAAGAUACACUUGAUGCACUUUUUAACAUCAUGAUGGAGAAUUCCGACAGCGACACAUUCGACACCUUAGUAUUUGAUUCUUUGGUAUUUAUUAUUGGACUAAUUGCUGAUAGAAAAUUUCAACAUUUCAACCCUGUUCUUGAAACCUAUAUCAAAAAGCACUUUAGCGCAACCUUGGCUUAUACGAAACUUACCACAGUGCUGAAAAACUAUGUGGACAAUUCAGAAAAACCUAAUGUGACAGAUCAGCUUUAUAAAGCGAUGAAAUCCUUAGAAUAUGUCUUCAAAUUCAUUGUUCGUUCCCGAGUACUCUUUAAUCAGUUGUAUGAGGAUAACGGAGAAAGUAACUUUAUGGAUUCCUUGAGGCAGCUCUUCAGGUCAAUCAAUGACAUGAUGAACAGUGCUUCAGAUCAGACAGUAAUAGUUAAGGGAGCAGCUUUGAAAUACCUGCCAACAAUUGUCAAUGAUGUGAAAUUGGUAUUUGAUCCCAAGGAACUUAGUAAACUAUUUACAGAUUUUAUCCACAAAGUUCCAUCAGGCAGACUUGUGCUUCAGAAGCUGUACUGUUUGAUAGAAAUAGUGCACAGUGACCUCUUCACACAGCAUGACUGCAGAGACAUCCUUCUACCAAUGAUGACUGAACAACUAAAGUAUCAUUUGGAGAAACAAGAGGAAUUGAAAGCAUGCUGCCAUCUACUUAGCAACAUUUUGGAAGUACUCUACAGAAAAGAUGUGGGACCAACUCAGCGACAUGUCCAGCUCAUUAUGGAGAAGCUAUUGAGAACUGUAAACAGGACAGUCAUCUCAAUGGGACGUGAUUCUGAUCUAAUUGGUAACUUUGUUGCUUGCAUGACAGCCAUUCUGAGGCAGAUGGAAGAUUAUCAUUACGCCCAUUUAAUCAAGGUCUUUGGGAAAAUGAGAUCAGAUGUUGUGGAUUUUUUGAUGGAGACAUUCAUUAUGUUCAAAGAUCUCAUUGGAAAGAACGUCUAUCUUGCUGACUGGGUUAUAAUGAACAUGAUGCAAAAUAAAGUCUUCCUCCGAGCAAUAAAUCAGUAUGCAGAUAUUCUGAACAAGAAAUUUCUUGAUCAAACAAACUUCGAGCUACAGUUAUGGAACAACUACUUUCACUUGGCUGUUGCUUUUCUCACUCAAGAAUCACUUCAGUUGGAGAAUUUCUCUGGUGCAAAACGAGCCAAGAUUAUCAGCAAAUAUGGUGACAUGAGGAGACAAAUUGGAUUUGAGAUCAGGGAUAUGUGGUAUAACCUUGGCCAGCACAAAAUCAAAUUUAUCCCAGAAAUGGUGGGUCCAAUCUUGGAGAUGACUCUGAUUCCAGAAACUGAACUGCGCAAAGCUACAAUUGCAAUAUUCUUUGAUAUGAUGCAAUGUGAAUUUCAUUCAACAAGAAGUUUCCAGAGGUUUGAAAAUGAAAUCAUAACCAAGCUCGAUCAUGAAGUGGAAGGAGGCAGAGGGGAUGAGCAGUACAAAGUGCUAUUCGAAAAGAUCCUUCUGGAACACUGUAGAAAACACAAGUAUCUGGCUAAGACUGGUGAAAACUUUGUCAUGCUGGUUGUCAGGCUUAUGGAGAGGCUUUUGGACUACAGAACAAUUAUGCAUGAUGAAAAUAAAGAAAACCGUAUGAGUUGUACAGUUAAUGUACUGAACUUCUACAAAGAAAUUGAGAGAGAAGAAAUGUACAUCCGGUAUUUAUAUAAGCUGUGUGACCUGCACAAAGAAUGUGAUAACUACACUGAAGCUGCUUACACAUUGCUGCUUAAUGCAAAGCUUCUUAAGUGGUCUGACCAGCCAUGUGCAGCUCACCUAAAUCAGAGAGAUGGAUAUCAAGCACAGACCCAAGGCCAACUGAAAGAACAGCUUUACCAGGAAAUCAUCCAUUACUUUGACAAAGGAAAGAUGUGGGAGGAGGCCAUUUCUAUCGGCAAAGAACUUGCAGAACAAUAUGAAAAUGAACUGUUUGAUUACGAACAACUGAGUGAAUUGCUGCAAAAACAAGCUCAGUUUUAUGAGAACAUUGUUAAAGUGAUACGAGCAAAACCGGAUUACUUUGCUGUUGGAUACUAUGGUCAAGGCUUUCCUUCAUUUAUCCGGGUCGAGAUAAGUCCUUUGGAGAACGCAAUUGAGACAAUGCAGUUAACAAAUGAGAAGAUCAGCAACAUGGUUCAACAACACAUGAAUGAUCCAAGUCUGCCCAUUAACCCUCUGUCCAUGCUGCUGAAUGGAAUUGUCGAUCCUGCAGUGAUGGGGGGUUUCGCCAAUUAUGAAAAGGCAUUCUUUACGGAAAAAUACAUGCAAGAACACACUGAAGACCUUGAGAAGAUCGAAAAUCUGAAGGACCUCAUAGCCUGGCAGAUCCCAUUCUUGAACGAAGGCGUACGAAUUCAUGGUGAGAAAGUAACUGAAGCAUUGAGACCCUUCCAUGAGAGAUUGGAAACCUGUUUCAAAGAAUUAAAAGAAAAAGUGGAGAAACAAUAUGGAGUCAAAUCAUGUCCUAUAAAUCCAGAUGAGCGCAGAGGAAGCCGGCCUCGUUCAAUGGUACGAUCCUUCACAAUGCCGUCAACUCCAAGACCAUUAUCAGUUGCAUCAGUGUCCUCUAUGUCAUCUGACAGUACCCCGUCUAGGCCUGGUUCUGAUGGAUUUAUUCUUGAACCACUUCUUCCAAAGAAAAUGCAUUCAAGAUCUCAGGAUAAAUUGGACAAAGAUGAAACAGACAAAGAUAAGAGAGAACGAAAAAAGGAAAAAAGGAAUAGCAAGCAUCAAGAAAUGUUUGACAAAGAAUUUAAAACUACUGAUAUUUCUGGCCAGUCUACAGAGGCAGUGAUUCUUUCUGAAACGAUCAGUCCGUUAAGACCGCAAAGACCAAAGAGCCAGGUGCUUAAUACGUCAGCUGAUAAACGGUUGACUGCACCACCAAUAACAACGCCAGUAACUCCCAAACCCAAGUUAUCCUUCUCCUUACAACCUGGCCUGAAUGUGGAUCUUAAUGGCUCAGAUAAUCCUGAGCAGACUGGACUACCACCUCCUCUUCCUCUCAAAAGCAAUUCUGGUGAUUAUGGAACUCUGGCUGAUAGUCAAGAAUCUGCCAUUUCCAUCGCACCUCUACUACCAAGGCUCCCACCACCUCUACCGAGCAAGACUCCUCCUCCUCCUCCUCCUCCAAAAACAACUCGGAAACAAACCUCCGUAGAUUCUGGGAUUGGGCAGUGAUGUAUUUCACUGAAUUCUUUACCAAUUCUAAUGACACAAUUCCAUUUCAGAAGACAAAAUAUGCAGUCUGCAAAUUUUUUUAGUUUUCAAACUGAGGGAAUGGAACAAAAUUAUGCACCUCAUUUAGAUCAAUACAGUCUAUUUCAGUGAUUCCAAUUAGAACAAUGAGACAAAAAGUAUGUACUUUAACCAACAGAUUCUGCUGAUGAGCUUUAAAUAUUAACUAAUACGUACAAUGUGCAGAAAAUGCUAAACAGCUGAAAUUUAUUUGAAAUUCCUUUUGUCCUAUAAAAGAUUGAAAAUGUUGCUGAGUGGCUUAAAAUUUCUGGCAUUUGGUUUGGAAACUAAUUUAAUGGGCAGGAUUUUGCAGACAGUGGUAAAUGUGAUUUACCCAUCACUGACUUUGAAGACACAGUGGUGCGAAUUUCAUCUUUCCUAGCAUUAGUUUCAAACUGGCGCCAAGUUAUGAAAAUCUCUCAAGAUCCAGCAGCAGGAGUAACAUUGAGUAGAGUGAGCAACUUGUUACAUUGAAGUAUGCUUACAGCACCAAACCAGAAAGUAAAAUGCACUUAAAUUUUAAACAAUGAUUGGUCAUAAAUAUUUGAAGCUGGAAUAUCAUAAACAUCUAAAGAAAACUAAAAUCUAGGAAUUUUUCACAAUGGAAAGAAAUUGACAUUACACAAAUAUCAAAUCAGUUUUCUGGUAUGAAAGAGAUACACUAUUGAAAAUUAAAUUACAGCUGAUUAAAAAGGCAUCACGUUUCGGGAAUGGGAGAUGUUCAACAGAAACAUUACACUGUAAAACGUAAAGUUCUGAUCGGUUCAGUGAUUGCUAAUUGAUUACGACAGGGACUUAACAGUGCACCCUUUGGAGAAGCAUGGAGUCACAUAAACAAUUUCCCUAUUUCCUUGUUUACUGUGCAUAUGUUUCAUAAGUGUGAUGUCUGAAAACAUUGACAAUUUCACCAUCAUUACCACUGCAACAUCCAGACCAAUGAUUCUUGUUAUAAAAGCACAUGCAUAUAUUACUUCUUUUGGUUUCAGUUUAAAUAGCAAAUCACCAUUCCAUUCUCAGAUAUAAAACUUUGCUUAAUUUUCAAAGAAGACGGGUAAAGUAAUAGUCUUUGAAACCAAUUACUGCUUUGGCAAUGGAGUGUAAUCAUUAUGUACAGAGGUUUGUAUAUAUAUAUGAAGCUGAAAAUUUUAAAUCUUCUUUUAUGGUGUCAACAUUUAUUACAAUUGCUUAGUAUAAUUCUGCAAAUGGAUUUAUUCCUAGUAAGAGCUUUUUAGAAUUUUAAAGCUUGUUGACUGUAAACUAUUGGUCAUAUUUUGCUAAAAGGUCAUGUUUUAGUUUUAUUUAAUAUGGUCAAAAUGGGAAAUGGAAUAUGCCAACUAUCUCUUCCUACUGUACUUUUAUUAUGAGCUUAUGAUUUCUAAAAUUAAUUUUUAACAUUUUCUGUAAUCAUGAUAUGAGUGAAAUUAGAUUAAUCAGAAUUCACUACUGACUCCCAAAAUAAAAAACAAAAAUGUUAAAAAA